GUUGUUUGACAGCAGUGCGUAGUUUUGCCCCAGUCCCUAACUCUGUCAGCCAAUAGCUGCGCAGCUAGCGUGUUCCGCACGGCUGGGUCACUCGUCUGCUGGUUUAGUGUUUGUAAGCUGGUGUCCUGGCCAGCAAUAUGGGCUCUGAAGAUCUGGACGAAGCCCUGGAGAAGGUCCUGAACGGAGACGGACUGGAGGUCACAAGUUUCGAUUCGGUGCCCGAGCAGCUGAGGCCCGUCGCCCUGAGGAAGACCGUGUGCUAUAUAGUAGGCGCGGUGAUCUUUAAUGCAAAGGAGGAGGUGCUGAUGGUGCAGGAGGCGAAGAGGGAGUGCUACGGGCACUGGUACCUCCCCGCAGGCCGUAUGGAGCAGGGGGAGAGCAUUCAGGAGGCUGUGCAGAGGGAGGUCAGAGAAGAGGCCGGGGUGGACUGUGAGCUGGUCACCCUGCUGCUGGUGCAGGAACAGGGGCUGCGGUGGAUCCGCUUCACCUUCCUCGCUGAGGUUACAGACGGGAAUCUGAAGACGACAGCUGAGGCUGACUCAGAGUCUCUGCAGGCUCAGUGGUGGGAUCGAGAGACUCCUCUUCCUCUCCGUUGCCAGGACAUCUUGCCCCUUAUUGACGCCGGCCUCAAAUAUCGCCGGAAGCCGUGGUUCCCCGUGUGCCAGCCUGUUGACCUGCCCUGCGAAGUGGUCUGUCAGAGACUGCUGCUGGCCUUCGCCAACCCUAAAAACGGUGACGAGGAGAGUGUAUGGCUGUUGCUAGGCAACCACACUGUUGACACUGAUGUGGAGAUGCCGCCUCACCUUCCUGUGGUGGUGGUGACGCACUCGGUCACGUGGGCAGGACAGCGGCUGGUCAAACAGUGCAUGGCCUCGUCCUAUUCCGCUCUGAACGUGAAAGUCUGCGGGAUCCUGGGCGUGCAGCAUAACGGGAGAAUUCACGGCAAAACGGACGGGCUCUGUUUCAACACGCUAGUGACGCUGGAAUAUUUAGACGAGGGUGUGGCAGAACUUCACAGCCCACCGCCUUUGGAGAGCGAGGGUUACAGAUGGCAUGAAGUGACCAAUCAGAGCCUUAGGAUGAACAUACUGCAGAGGAUAAAAGAUGCGUCAGUCCUGCCUGUGCACAGCCUCUGCUGACUGUCCAUAAUUAGGUCUUAAAGGACUGCACUAAAGGAACAGUGACCGGAGGACAUUUGAAUCCAAGUUAGUUAGUUUAUACUGAAUAUACAGAACUUACAACACACUAAAUGAAUUUAAAGGGACCAGCAAUAUUAAUUUAGCCACUACUGAGCAAAGCGGUUCAUGUGUUCAUGGUAGAAAAGCUCUAAAUGUUCAGGAAUAAAAACGGUAUUUAUUGCUUUACUGCACAACA